UAUGCAAUGACACGUUUGUUGACAUUGAUUUACAAAUAAAUUCUAAAGGCACUUUUUAAAGUUAAGUACAAAAUGACAGUUAUUGAGAAGGAUUGGGCUUUGCACCACCUUGCUGCCAUGCAAUUUGUAGCUGGUGGCUGCGCAGGUUUUGUGGAAGUGUCAAUAAUGCAUCCUUUGGAUUUGGUGAAAACAAGAUUUCAAAUACAGAGGGGACCAGAGGAUCCAAAUAGAUACACAUCUCUGGCUGAUUGUUUCAAGAAAAUGUACAGAACUGAAGGACCUCUGUCAUUUUACAAAGGAAUAUUACCUCCAUUGUUAGCUGAGACACCAAAAAGAGCUGUAAAAUUCUUCACAUUUGAACGUUACAAACAUUUAUUUGCAUAUGGAGGAUAUUUACCUCAAUCUAUGAUAUUUGCAUUGGCGGGACUCUGUUCUGGAUUAACAGAAGCUGUAGUUAUAAAUCCAUUUGAAGUUGUUAAAGUAAAGCUACAAGCAGAGAGAAAUGUUGUGAUAGCUCAGCAAAAGAGCACAUAUGCCACCGCUCGUGAAAUAUUACGAGAACAUGGGUUUGGAUCACAAGGUCUCGGAAAAGGUAUGACAUCCACAUUUGGGCGUCAUGGUGUGUUUAAUAUGGUCUACUUUGGCUUUUAUCACAACAUCAAGGGAAUUAUCCCAGAAGCCGAGGAUCAGAAACUUGAAUUAUUGAGAAGGUUUUUGAUUGGUCUAGCCAGUGGGACAUUAUCUUCAGUUAUAAACAUUCCAUUUGAUGUAGCAAAGAGUCGUAUACAAGGACCACAGCCAGUUCCCGGAGAAAUCAAAUAUAGAACAUGUUUUGCUACCAUAGCAACAGUUUACAGGGAGGAAGGAUUCUUUGCUCUGUAUAAAGGAUUAUUGCCAAAAAUACUCCGACUUGGACCAGGUGGUGCUAUAAUGUUCCUGGUGUAUGAACAUGUGUUUGAUUGGAUGAAGACAAAUUUAUGAUGACAGAACUUAGUUAUACAUCAUGUAAAAUAUCUGCUAUUUUUACACACUGUCUAUAUACAGGUAGCUUUAUUACUGGUAUAAUUACUGGUAUAUACAAAUAAUUGGUAAUUAUUUUAAUGAUUUUGGUUGCUCAAUUUGAAUAUGCCUUACAAAAAUGUCUCAGAAGUUAAAGAAUGUGUGUGUGUGCGCGCAAGCUUGUGUUAGUUAGGGGGCGGAUAAGGGUUUGAUGAUCUUGCCAGAUAAUUUUUCAAAAUACAUUUAUGAUCUUUUGAAUUGUUCAUGAAGUUUAAAGCUAAGUCACUCACAUUGAGGUUUAUAUACGUGUAGUUUUAUUGCAUUUAUAUUUUUUUAUCUAAUCAGAUAUGUAAUAGUUCAGAUAUUUUUUGUUAAGGUUUUACUCAUUGUUAGAACAUAUGAAAUUAAAAUUUAAAUGAUCUUUUAGUUGUUAUUGUGCAAUAAUUAAUGGUGAUUUUAAUGACAAAUAUUACAAUAAUUAAGUCAAUCUUAGUUUAUAGUAGGACAGGUGUAUCAACUUACAAGUAUAUAUUAGAGCAACUUAUGUUGAUGACGUAAAUAAUUGCAUGAUUCAUGUCUGUUGCCAUGAUCACCAACAGAUCCUGUACCUGUUGUUGGAGACCAUUAAUUUCUAGAUCAACUGCAACAUUUACAUACACGUAUGUGACAGACAUAAUGUUUUGUCUGAUUGUACAGUGUAUAUUUGAAAAGUCUCGUAACAAAUUACUGGAAACCAACACUGUUUGAUUUCUAUGUUCUGUAAAGAUGAUAAAAUACAUUACAUCAUGUCUUUACUUAACCAAGUUUUUAUAUGCUAAUUAUGUACACAUUAUGUACACAUGAUGUACACAUUAUGUACAACAGAUUUACUAGAUUUGAUUACAGUCAGAUAUAUUAGUCUGUUUUAAACAAGUUUGUUUACAGGAUUAUCUACUGUUCACACCAGUGCUAGAAAAAUCUGUCUUUCACCCUCUCCUGUGCUUUAAAUGACAUCAUUCUCACGCGCCUUUUAUGAAUGGAGUUCACAGGAUGACAUCAUUUUAUUUGUUAUGAAUGAAGAUGUAGAUUCAUAAGCUUCUAUAAGAAAAAAGUGCUACAUAAAAAUAUUAAUUUUUGUAAUUUCUUUCUGAAAGUAAUCAAUAUUUAAUAUUCAAGGAAAGAAUCAAACACCGACAGUCUUCACAGGUGGGAAUAUCUAGCUCUCAGGUAACUGUUAAGCAGAAACUCGGCAGAGCCUCGUUACCGCCAUAAACAGUUACCCUCGGGCUAGAUAUUCUGGUCUGUACAGGCAGACAGUGUAAGAUCGUUACAGUCUUUUACAAAAUUAUAAUGCAGACAAAUAAAGCAUAUGUCAAGUAUGCUUUUCCAAUAAUUCUGUUUGAGAACCUGUAAGUAAUUAAAACAUGACUCUUAUAAAAAUUAUUCAUUGUACCUUGUUGAAGGUUAAAAAAGUUCACUCAUACUACCAAAAAAAAAGUUUCAAAUUAAUUUUUCUGUGAUAGUGAAUGAUAUAAAUUAGAUAUUAUUCAUGUGUUUUGAUAUAUGUUACUAUAGAUACAUUUAGUUAUGUUAGAGAAGGUAAAAUAUCUCCCUUUUUUAUAUGUUUUAGACAACUUACAGUAAUUGUUUUGCACUGCCAUUGCAUUUUUAUAUCAAUUUGAAAUUUUUUGUAAAUUAAGGGCAUUUUUUCGUGUUUAUUAAAAAUUGUCAAAUCAACAGAAAGAGUUUUGCUGAACUAUCUGUUUACUAACUAUGUUAACUAACAGAUUUGUUAAAACUUUAUAGAUUUCCCAGAAUGAUUGUUAACUCUUAAUUUGCUAUAUUUCUUCAAUGGACAUAUCCAGAUUUGAAUUUGGAACAGUCCAAAAAAAGUUAAAGGGAUUUCAAUAUCAAAAUAUAAACAUUGACCUUCCACCAGUAUAGAGCCUAGUGAGACUGCACGGAUGUGCAAGCUGGCCUGGCUCUAUACUGGGAGCUAAGGCUAAUUACUAUUGGUUCCAGCAAGUUAAGGGUUAACAUUUAUUGAUUUAUAAAUACAAAUGUACUGCAUAGGACCGUGUGAGGGUUGCGUUCAUUGAACGCUGCCUUUCCUUCUUGAUCUUGUUUAUCAUAUUUUAUCAUUUAAUAUGCACAUUAUACAUACAUAUCAUUCAUAGGGGAGAAAUGUUUUGUAUUAUUUAACUCAAAAUAGUUUUUCCUUGCCAAAGAAAGUUGUAUGUAUUAAAUAUUAUUGUUGAAUUAAUGUUUUGUUAAUUAAUCAUUUUAUAAUUGGUUAUUUUGAGGGAUUUAAUUAUAUACAUGUAUUUUAGAAUAUGAUUUUAUUUGUAUAAUUUUUAUGGGAUUUACAUAUCUAGGUGAUAUAUGUAAGAUAUUAUUGUG